UAUUCUUCAUAGGCAGAGUGACGGUUACCUAUGUUGAUUUGGCCUUUACGUGGCAAUUUCCCAUUCUACGCCGUCUUGGCCAUCCUACAUAUAAGAUACUUGGCAGUGGGAGAUUGUAUGUAUGAUGUAGUGACGUGAGCGGACGAUGGCGGAGACGGCAUGUGAACAUUUUCGACGCCGUCGAGUCCGCUACGUUGAGAGAAUCCUUUCACACAACAUGGCCUGACGUGUUUACCUAAUGUUCGCUGUCCACCGGCCAUGCUGGCAAUUUAUCGCGGCAUUCCUCCCUGAGUACCAGUGCUCAUAUCGAAGGACGAGCCAUUUGACAAACAAGUCGGAUGGGUCAAUGAUGAUCCCAAAACAUCCAGAAUUCGCGAGGCCACCUUCUUGCGCAAUUACGUGCCUCUACGGAGGAAGAAACCGCUGCAAAGCAACGAGCAGGACAUCCCGGAAGGGAACUAUCUUCAGGAAUUGGAGAAACUUCAGGUCUAGUUGCGCGAGCAAGAAGCAGAAAUUGCAACAGGAAAGCGCCAGGUCGAAGAAGUCGGCCACUACAAUGAGGCAGUGCGGGCGACCCAAGAGGCAAAGCACAAGACGGCGUCUGGGAGGAGUCUGUGUACAAGCGCCGAAGGAAGUGCUGUUGCAAGCCUGCAUGUGCAUAGUAUCGAUGGCAUGAUUGAGGAGUAUGGUGGAUACAAGUCUGUGAGGUUGGGGUCUCAAUCAGGCCUGGGUCGUUGGGUUCUCUGUUCGACUGAUUCACGAGCAAUGCAGCAUGUACACGA